AUGGUAACCAUUCGAGCAGAUGAAAUUAGUAAUAUUAUCCGCGAACGUAUUGAGCAAUAUAAUAGAGAAGUAAAGGUUUUAAAUACCGGUACUGUACUUCAAGUAGGCGAUGGCAUUGCUCGUAUUUAUGGUCUUGAUGAAGUAAUGGCAGGUGAAUUAGUAGAAUUUGAAGAGGGUACGAUAGGCAUUGCUCUGAAUUUGGAAUCAAAUAAUGUCGGUGUUGUAUUAAUGGGUGACGGUUUGAUGAUACAAGAGGGGAGUUCUGUAAAAGCAACAGGAAGGAUUGCUCAGAUACCCGUAAGCGAGGCUUUUUUAGGUCGUGUUAUAAAUGCACUGGCUAAACCUAUUGAUGGUCGGGGCGAAAUUUCAUCUUCUGAAUCUCGAUUAAUUGAAUCUCCUGCUCCUGGUAUUAUUUCGAGACGUUCCGUAUACGAGCCUCUUCAAACAGGACUUAUUGCUAUUGAUUCUAUGAUCCCUAUAGGGCGUG